CCCUGAAGAUACAGGCCCGUGGCAAUCAUUCAGCACUGCCAUCGCAUCAACCCAACCCUAAGUUUCCAAGUUGUCUCAAGUUGCUGUACGCUUCUGCAAGUCAGACUACGAAAAGGCAGACAAAACGAUCAGACAAUUCCAAAAAUGGAUUGCCAGGAAUCACAUGACCGGCUCUCCAACAGCUGAUCAGGUCCUAGUCUUGAUCAAGUUCAAUAUCUUUCGAGCACUAUGUAACAAUGCCUUGAUGCUCGGGUUUCCAAUAGAAUUUACCAUGGAAGAUAACGCAUUGUCACCUUUCACUCCAAAAUCGGAAUACGAAAAAUAUUUGACAUCCCCCGAGAGAAUUUUGGAGAUUCCUGAAAAUCUUCGUCCAACUGCUCUGCAGUGCGAGAUACCUCAUCAUCCUUGGAUAGACCUAUUACCAGUGCCGAGGAUGCGAGAUAAUCUCAUACUAGCAGAGGACACAUAUGAUGGUUUCGAGCUGUGCGAGGAUCUCUGUGGUUUAUUCAACAGCUCAAAUUCAAAUCCCAGAAAUGGCCUUAUCAUCUGGGGUGAUCCUUGGGAUCCAGCUGGCUGGGAAAUGACGCCUCAAUUCUUGAAGAGAUGGGCCUGGACCGUGGACGGCUGUACCGAGUUAUUGCAUUCGACAAACUAUUGGCGACAAAGAAGAGGAGAAAAGGCCUUGAGAUUCGAAAAGGUGUUUUCCGGGUUCAUUGGUGGGGUUCCUUGACCCCACACGAAUCUACCUCGUACGCAUGGCGAGCGCAUACGCUCGGUUAGAGGGCUCAAGGUAGAGAGUCCGUUCUCUUGUCCGGCGGAACGAAACUCAUUUCCGAAAAGAGGUAAGCACGAGUUCUUUUCAUACAUUAGCAAAUUCAUGCUAUCUAGAUCUGAGAUCGACGUCCCGAAGCGACUUACUCCGAAAACAGACACCGAGGCACGCUUCCAAGAAGUUGCCUGUCCUAAGGUCCGCAAUUUCAUGCUACUGCCACUUGUGACUUUAGUUCGGGUCGAUAUUCUUAUUUUAGAAUACCCAGCUUCCAAGGGCCACCAGAAUCCAUGACGCCGCCUUAACCCUAAAACCAACAUCAGGGGGGGCUCGC